AUGUUCUUGACCUCUCACCAGUUCUGCCUGCGCGGAGAUGAUGCUCGGAGUAUCGACUUGCCUGAUCUGUACUCAAAAACGUACCAGCACGUCGGGCCGGACGUCCCUUUGUACGUGGGAGGCGUCAACUACUCGGGGAAGACCAACAAAAAUGGGCGUCUGGAGUACUUCGGCGGCAUCCGCCACAUGCAGGUCGAACAAUGUGCGGUCGGGGCGGUCGCCAUGCAGCUUUUUCAGACAUUCCACCUAUUGGGUGCUGGUGUCCCUGACUUCAGCAGCAGAGAAAGCUGGUACAACUUGCUUCCUCUCUUCUACGAAAACGAUGACGUCAGCAGUAACGUGACCGCCAAAGAAGCUGAGAGUGCUCGGCUCGGCCGUUGGAUCUACGACCACUUCCGGACUUCGUACCUGCCAGUGCAUCAACUUCCAGUUGGGAUCAUGCUCGUUCAGGCGGGGUUCAAGGACGAUCGCAAGGGGUACUUCCUGCCACGUGGUCGGGUGCUCCCCUCACAGGAUGAGUACCCAGGGCUUGCGAACCAGAUCUUUCCAUGGGCCGACGAGGAGCUGCGGAAGGUGAAGCAGAGGAAUCUGACGGGACCAGCCGGCCAGCACGACAUCGCCGCGCAGAAGUUCCUGGAGCUGCUCAUUGCGCUGCGGGCGGUGCUGCUGCAAGACGUGGCACUCCUUCAACGGAUGGGCAAGUACGAGAACCAUCCCAUAAUCUACCACCACUUCUUCGAGGGAGAGAAGUGGGACAAGUUUUGCGGCGCUGUGGAAGAGGUGUGCAACACGCCUGCUCCUCCUCCGGAGCUCGCGAACAUUCCCCCUGAGGUGGUUGCCGUUUUGCAAGACCAACAGGUCCAGCUCGCGCGCAUCGAGCGAGAGAGCCAAGCCUCGAGGGAGCGCGAGCAAGCCCUGCAGAGCCAGAUGUCCGCCGUGCUGCACGUGCUCGAGCGGCUUGUGUCAGCGUUUCCGGGGGAAGACAGCCAGGCGCCGACACGUGCCCCGUCGGCCAAGGCCGCUGCCCAGUCGCCAGCAGCCCCGGAGCCUCGGCGGACCGCCACAGGGUUUUUUGCCCGCCCUCCGUCGGCGCCUGUCGCGGCCGCUGCGGAAGUUGCUCUUCGAGCUGCUGCUCAGGCCGCACGAGCGGCAGCAACACAAGCCGACAUUGAACAGGCCACUGUUUCGGAUCCGAAUGAGAGCGGUCAGGCGAGCAACGAGGGGCGCGAAGCGGCGGGUGUCGACUCGGUUGCCCGUCCUUCAUCCGCUCCUGUUGCGGCCGCGGCUGAGGCGGCCCUCAGAGCCGCUGCCGAAGCAGCUAAGGCUGCUGCCGUGCAAGCGGCAGCUGACGCGGCCGCCACCCAAGAUCCGGACGCGCUAAGCGGCCAGGACGAGAACGACGCACGUGCCCCUCGGACAACCGCCCAGGAGACCGUUCAGCGUGAGACAGGUUUGCGUGAAGGGCUCGAGCCGGCGAACGGCAGUCAGAACGUGACGAGCUUUCUGGAAGGUGAAAUGGAAACGGAAGAAGCGACCGGGGAGGGCUGCCGGCAGCCUCAGUCGGAGGAGGAAGGGGCGAAAGAGAGUGAAAACCGUUCGGAGGGCGAAAAAAAAGGAGAAGUGGAAAGUGAGGCAGGCGGGGAGAGCGGGACGACUUCGCAACCUUGUUCGGAAGGAAACAACGGAAAAGACGAUGGGGAGGAAGCGGGUACUUUUAGAAGCUGUCCGACAGCAAGUCAAGGCGAUGUCGGGGUUAGCCCAAGUGGCUCGGGGAGUGGCGGUUUAGGGGCAGCGGAUGAGGGGACAAUAGAAGAUGCUUCGGUGGUCCCCGAGUGGGCUUUGAAUUAUAUGAUUGGGGGACACUACACCUCGGUUGCAGAGAUUUGGCAAGAAUGGGCAUACGGACAAAAAGGUAACUUCGAGUACGAGUUGGGGAACGAGAAGUAG